UUGACGACGGUGCGGUAGGGGACGCUUCCGUGUUACGGGGACAGGGGAAGUUAUUGCAGGGGCGUGAGCCGGUGGUAACUACACGCGGCUGAGCCGGUGGGCGUUUCGGAAACUUCCUUGUAGAAAGGAAGCGGGAGAGGAAGACAGUCUACAAAUGCUGUGGAAUGUGACUGCUGAAAGCUCAAGUAUUCUGCUCUGACGAUAAAAAUGAGAAUUUCGACGAAAACUUAAAGAUCAUUCUGCGUGGUGUCACAGUCUUACAAGUUUUGACUGAGGGAGAUGGAUGACAUACAUGUACAUGUGCUGUGAACUGUGAAGAAAAAACAUUCAACGUUGGACAAGCGUGUGAAGCGGAAAGUCGUUGUUUACACCCAAGGCGUCUGGGGAAUUUUCCAUAGUACAGAUCUGCAAUCACUACAGAGAGUUUCUAGUUUCGAGUCUCCCUUCAGCAGGGUCGGUAAGCGCGGCCACACUCGUCAUGCCGUUCCUACCACCAGACAAAAAGUUUGCAGGGGACACCCACUACAGAGAUGAGUACAGCAAGCGUAAGAAUAGAGUCUAUCAACAGGCUGGGCCCAGACCAACUUCUGCAUUCAGGAGGAAUAACCCUCAUCCCCACCCGGACUUCUUGAUGCCUAAGAAUCUUGUCCAACAAGACAAGGAGCAGAUGUUAAGAUCGAGAGUAACUGAAGCUGUACAUCAGUACAUGGACAAGAUGAUCCGUACCGGAAGAGAUCCCCUCAAAGAAAUGGAACAACCCAAGCGAUCAAAGGCCCCGGCGUUCAGCACGUACAACAGAGCACCAAAGGUUGACCUUUUAAAAGGCUUUGUCAAACCGACGGUUAAGAUGCUGGAAAAGGUCAGAAAACAGGACCGGAAGCAGAUGAAAAGGGAACGCGGGAAUAGCUACAAGAAGGCGUCCAAGUCGUAUGGAGAUCUCCCAGAAGAUGUGCAAGAGGAGCAAGAUGAGGAAGAGGAGAUUGUUAUCAGGAUUCCAGCCAAGACUCACAACCCAUCCAAGGCGAUUCGCUAUAGGGUAGUUCGAAAACCAGACGCUCCGGUAGAGCAGUGGGUUUCACAUACAGGUAACGUUCCGGGACUAACCGGAGUGAAGAGAGUGCACACUCCACCGACACCUCCCCCGGACUCAGCUCGCAGACCCCGCACGGCUGGAUUCGCUCAAGAGAAACAUCUUCGGAGUAAAUCAGCACCUCUUCUUGACAAGUUUGAGAUAUCAGUUGAAUACACGGACCAUGGUCUCUACCAGGCGGAUGAUGCCGCCGAGCAAGAGGAGAAUGAGGAGGAUUGGGAAGAUGUUGCUGGAGAGAAUGAAGCCAAGAGACCAGUACUGGUGAAGCUACAGCGACCAAAGACGGCAGGACCCGUUCUUGCUCGUAAGAUGCUAGUCCAUCCACGUAUGAAACAUUGGAUUGAAGGAGCAACCGAUUAUGAGAAAGAAGUAGCUUUCAACCUGCUCAAGACGCUUAACGGAAGCGAGCAGCCACCCCUCCCGGACGAUUUGAGAACCACAAACCGCCCAAGUCAGAAGCAGAAGAGUAUUAAAGCGAACAGGAUACCACAGGCAACUCACAUAUAUGUGCCACCUUCACCAGCUCCAAGGAAGCCCGUUCCCGAACGGGAAGGCAAGAUGGAUGCCACAACCAGAGAAUGGAUGCGACAAGUGGAGCAGAAAAUAAACGAGAGAUCUGAAACACCGAUAGAGAGAAACUACGCCCAGAAGAUAGAGCUCCGCCCGACAGUCCGCCGUCAGCCACGCCCCAAAUCCCUCGGUGACUACACUCAUGAGAACAGUUUCUUCCGGUUCUCCGUCCCUUCCUACCGCCGCAGCUUCGUCAUCGCUCCUGAUUGGGUGUCUGAGACGCUAACGCGACGCCGAGCUCUCAAAGAGAACCCAUCAGCCAAUCAACUGCGGUAUGGCUCAGCCUGAUUUGCGACUAUUUGCAUGACAUUUACAUAAUAAGCAAGAGAUUAAGUUAGCAGGUAACACUGGUUAAAAGAAGUGAAUAAACAGCGACAAUAUCAAUGCUGAACCCAACAAUUUUAUUGUUACAGUAGUAAAUCAAAGCUAAAAUAAUAUAUUGUCGAGGUAAGGCUCACUUUUAGAAUCAAAUUGAAAGUUUCUCCAGGACUGCAAACAUUUCUUGGUUUUGACAAUCAACAGUUUAGCAAUUUUAUCAAUUUGUUUUCACUCUUUGGUGUGCUAAACCGUAAACAAAAUGUGUGUUCAACUCCAAUAAUUCCUUUUCAGCAGUGCGUUUUCCUCCUCGUUGGAAUCUUCAAAUAGCAAUGUAACCAACUUGUGAUAACAUUCCGUUGUGUUCGUAUAGUACUGUACAUUGUAGGAGCCACUUUCAUUUCAUCGCGCGCGAUGACCUUAGAAACAUUUUUUUACCAAGAUCAAAAUCUCGUCGUGUUUUAUCACCAGUCAAGUGCCGUCAUGACGCGUCAUUGGCUCGCCCUGAUUAGCAAAAUAAAAGAUGCCUGCGAAAAGACUUCUUUACCCUUUACGAUGUCCCACUCGCACAGUCAAGGCUCGUAGGUUAGCGGAUAUGAAUUUCUCCAUGAUGUCAAAUAAGGAACAUCCGAUGUAAUAGUUGCGGUUUACACAACUGUCGUUUUUGUGCAUGGUUUUCAUCCUGUAGGCAAGUCUUAAUGAUGUAAAGCUAGUAGACUAUUUCAGUGGAAGUCUAUUUGUAUAUGUCAGGUCAAAGCAGGAUAUUAAAAGAGUUUUCAAUAUAAUUUUAUGUCCUCGUCCACUAAUGUCAAUUUAUUUAUCAAAAUAUAAACAUGCACAAUAUGAAGAUGGACUUUAUUCAGCUGUAGGCAGCGGCGGAAACAUCAUAGGAAACAUCAUCAGUUUAAGAAUUUAAUCUUCAGUAAUUUUUUUUAACGUAGUACAAUCUUUACGUUGCCGAUAUUUUAAUCAAGUUCUGAAAAACAAGAAGUCAUAUUACCGUAAUGUCCUGUAAAUACAAUCCAUUUCAUUUUGUUGUAUUCAGCAAAAAUGUCACCGGUUGUUCUACCUCCUUUUUUAUUGUGCGAAUUUGUUUGUGCAGGUUUUGAUAUACAGUAGAUUAUCACGAACUCUUCGGGUACACAUCAUGUAUGUUAAUUUUCACUCAGUUGAUAUUAACUAAUGGAGUAAUCUAAACUCGUUUAAUCUUUCGGUCUUUCAAUCCACAAAUGUGCAAACCUUUGAAAAAUUAAAAAUCUUAAAUUCUAGACCUGUAUGUCUGUUCCAGUAAAUAACGGUAUUGCGUGUCUACUGCAAGAUUUGCAAAGAAACUUGACUCUAUUUAUCAAAGUUAGUUUGUUAAGGUAUUUGCUUAAUUCCAAAUUGUUCUCUGUAUGCACAAGAAAAAAUCGAUUGAAGUGAAGAAUCGUGUCUCGUUAUCUUAAUAAAAUUCUCUCUGGAAUCGAAGUAUUGA